CAAAGAGAUCUGCGAGGCAAAUGAAACCAUCAUGUGCCCUAUGUGUGAACGCAAUUGCACACUACAGAAACUCAAUGAAAGCUGCAUAUACGCCAAGGUUACACAUUUGUUUGAUAAUGGAGGGACUGUCUUCUUCGCUAUUUUCAUGGCAAUUUGGGCUACGGUCUUUCUAGAGUUUUGGAAAAGACGGAGAGCUGUAUUAACCUAUGACUGGGACCUCAUAGACUGGGAAGAUGAAGAGGAAGAGCUGCGCCCCCAGUUUGAAGCUAAAUAUUCCCAAGUGGAAAGAGUAAAUCCCAUCACAGGAAAACCUGAACCUUUUCAGCCUUUCCCCGAUAAGCUCAGUCGACUGAUGGUAUCUGUCUCAGGAAUAUUCUUCAUGAUUUCACUGGUCCUCACUGCAGUGUUUGCAGUUGUGGUGUAUCGUCUGGUAGCCAUGGAACAGUUUGCUUCUUUCAAGUGGUAUUUCAUCAAGAAGUAUUGGCAGUUUGCAACAUCCGGCACUGGAGUCUGUAUCAAUUUUAUGAUCAUCAUGUCACUCAAUGUUGUAUAUGAAAAGGUUGCCUAUCUCCUGACAGACUUAGAGCACCCUAGAACAGAAUCUGAAUGGGAAAACAGCUUUGCCUUGAAAAUGUUCCUCUUCCAGUUUGUCAACUUGAACAGCUCCAUCUUUUACAUUGCUUUUUUUCUUGGGAGAUUUGCAGGCCGCCCAGGAAAAUACAACAAGCUUUUUAACAGAUGGAGACUGGAAGAGUGUCAUCCUAGUGGCUGCUUGAUAGAUCUGUGUUUGCAAAUGGGAGUUAUUAUGGUUUUAAAACAAAUGUGGAACAACUUCAUGGAACUAGGCUAUCCUUUAUUACAGAAUUGGUGGUCACGACGCAAAAUGAAGAGAGGAGGUCAGUUAAUGGAGCAUAAGAUUUCUCUACCUCAAUGGGAGAAAGAUUGGAAUCUGCAGCCUAUGAAUCUCCAUGGUUUAAUGGACGAAUAUUUAGAGAUGGUUUUACAGUUUGGCUUUACCACCAUCUUCGUUGCUGCCUUCCCGCUGGCACCUCUCCUGGCAUUGCUUAACAAUAUCAUAGAAAUAAGGUUAGAUGCCUACAAGUUUGUCACUCAGUGGCGAAGACCUAUGCCUGCAAGAGCAACAGAUAUAGGUAUCUGGUAUGGGAUUCUGGAAGGAAUUGGAGUUCUGGCUGUCAUCACCAAUGCCUUUGUUAUUGCCAUUACUUCCGAUUACAUUCCACGUUUUGUCUAUGCAUACAAAUAUGGUCCCUGUACAGAUCAAGGGUACAGACAAGAAAAAUGCUUAAAAGGAUACGUCAACAGCAGUUUAUCAGUAUUUGAUUUGAGUGAACUUGGGAUGGGAUACUCGGGGUACUGCAGGUAUAGAGAUUACAGAGCCCCACCAUGGAGUUCGACUCCUUAUGAAUUCACUUUGCAGUUCUGGCAUGUCCUGGCAGCACGGCUGGCCUUCAUCAUAGUAUUUGAGCACCUUGUUUUUGGAAUAAAGUCUUUCAUUGCCUACCUGAUUCCAGACAUGCCCAAAGACUUGUGCGACAGAAUGAGGAGAGAGAAAUACUUAGUCCAGGAAAUGAUGUAUGAGGCUGAACUGGAGCAUUUGCAGAGAGAAAGGAAAAAGAAUGGGAAACAAUAUCACCAUGAAUGGCCUUAG